UCCACCGCAUUUUUCUAUUAAUAUUCCGGAUGGUUCUCAUUUGACCUAUAUUCAUCUUUCAUCAUUUAUUUUCUGUGUCGUUGACAAAGUGCUCUAUUAAUUGUGUUAUACUCUAGUAAGUGCGAGGUAUACAACUAUAUAUGAAGAAAACCAUACAUCUAGACAGAUUGAUGACAAAGCUGAUAUUACAUUGGGUCGAUGCACGAACAGAAAUGCCGGAAUGUUUUGCCUUGUUUGGUCACGAUAUUGGACGUAAUAGUUUAGCCGACCGAAUUUCUUUUCGCCUCUACUGAUUUUACUAAGAUGUUAUCUGAAAGAGAAUCAAUAAUUUGGAGUAACGAUUCAACAGGUUUAGUGAUGACGUCAGUGCACUGCAAACUGCUGACGUUUAGUCUGAUGGUUAGUACAGCGUGGGCGAUCGUCUAUGAGAAAAAAGUCACUUUCUACCGUGGGCGACAAUGCAGUGAACUAUUUUACUUUGAUUACAUGAAUAACUUGCACGAGAGCCUAGACCGAGUAUUUUAUCAAGGUUACGUUGGCGACGUCAGCAUCAACAAUGGGAAGGCACAGUUUUACGGAAGGGGACAUUUAGAGAUUGCGCAUUUUAACGCAAACGGAUUUCAGGGAACUUUUGCCUUAGCGGUUAAAUUCAAAGCUGCAGAAAUAUUCACCUACAAAGAAAUUGGAAUACUUGGAAACGGACAGCGUUCGAACACCACAACGUUUUUAGUUUCAUAUAUAAAGACUUCUUUGUUUCUGAAAACUACUGUUUAUAAAUAUCAACGUGCAAAAAUGAUUACUCGAGACAUUAACUUGGAAAUACCUGAGUUGCACUUUGUUCUUGAAACUCAAAUUCGAUUAGCAUUCAGUGAUGGAAUUCUAAUGUUCCAGGCCAAUUCGUCACCAGUAGUAGCGGCGAGAUUGGAAACCGGAGAACACUUACUACCAACAGGAAACAAUUUAUCCCUUGGACGAGCUGGUGGUUUACAGGCCUUUAAAGGAACCGUUGAUGACUUUAUAUACUAUACAUGCAUCCCAGCGAAGUUCUUCAACAAAAUCACCUGGCCUUAAAUCCACGGGGAAAAGUGACUCGUGAUUGUUCCAUAAACUACCAAGUUACCAAACUGAUGGAGAUGAAAGGAAAUGGAUUUAAUAUUCUUCAUCAGGAUAAUAACUCAUUUUCGCCCACAGAAUAUAUUUGAAUGCAGUUUCUACCAUGUAUGAAACAAUGUCUAUUUGUGUGUCUCCCCCUAUCCAAACAAAUUCAUGUCUGGACCCGUGCAGUUAAUAUAAUUUGUUUAACAACACCACUAGAGCACAGUCAUGAAUUAAUCAUCGGUUAUUGGAUGUCAAGCAUUUGGUAAUUAUGACUUGUAGUCAUCAGAAGAAACCCGAUAAAUAUU